AUGUUGGUUGGUCGUGAAGUGAAGGGUAGCGACCUCAAGGGUCAAGGGCAGAUUUUCUGGUAUUAUGGUCAGCCAUUUGCUACAGAAACUCCUCUGCAUUCUAAAGCUGCAAAGGAUAAUUCAGUUGUCGCUAAAGACGCGCGAACUAAACCUGCAGUAAUUGAGGAGUUAUAUAUACCUGGGACUGUUUACUAUAUUAAAAGGAACCUGGGAUCCAAAACUGACGGUGAAAAGGAUUUUUUCACCCUUUACCAGAGGGAUCCUGGUGAGCAUUUCCAGAAGAUAUUUUUUUCGGGCAAUUUUAUCACAGACCACAGAUGUGAUAGCCAUUAUUAUGCUUUGAGAGAUGUUCUUAAAGGUUUGCCAUGGUCUGGAGAGGAAGGGAAGCCUUACAGUUAG